GAACAGAAGAAACCAAGCUAUCCUAAAUCUGAAUGGUUUAGCCAAACAUGGAAACAUUGGAGUCAGAAUUAACCUGUCCAAUUUGCCUGGAAUUGUUUGAGGACCCGCUUCUACUUCCUUGCGCCCAUAGCUUGUGCUUUAGCUGUGCCCACCGCAUACUGGUUUCUGGAAAUUCCUCGGGGGACUUGGUAGAACCCGUCACCGCCUUCCAGUGCCCAACCUGCCGAUAUGUCAUAUCGCUUAACCACCGUGGCUUGGAAGGGUUGAAGCGCAACGUCACACUACAGAACAUCAUCGACCGCUUUCACAAGGCCUCCCUCAGCGUGCCGAGCUCCCCCUGCGAAGACCACAGAGACAAGAUCUACAAAAGCGUUCCCAUCAUGGCCACCGAAAGGAUUCCAUGCCAGUUCUGUGAGGUGGAACCCCCUAGGGAUGCCGUGAAGACGUGUAUAACCUGCGAGGUGUCCUACUGUGACCGUUGCCUGCGUGCAACCCACCCAAACAAGAAACCUUUUACUAGUCAUCGUCUGGUGGCACCCAUUCCGGAUGCUCAUUUUCGUGGGCUGGUUUGUCUAGAACAUGAAAACGAGAAGGUGAACAUGUACUGCGCAGUGGAUGAUCAGCUUAUUUGUGCCUUAUGCAAAUUGGUUGGUAGGCACAGGGAACAUCAGGUGGCCUCUCUGAGUGACCGGUUUGACAAGCUCAAGCAAACGUUGGAGUCAAACCUCACCAGCUUGGUCAAGUACAGCAGCGAACUCGAAACGCAGAUGGGAAAGCUCAUCCAGAUCUGCCAGCAGGUAGAGGUCAACACAAGCAUGCAUGAAGCCAAGCUCAACGAGGAAUGUGACGAACUCGUGGACAUUAUUCAGAGAAGGAAGCAGAUGAUUUCCGUCAAAAUCAAGGAGACGAAAGUGACAAAGCUGAGGAAACUCGCGCAGCAAAUUGCUAACUGCCGGCAGAGACUGGAGCGAUCUACAGUGUUAAUCAAUCAAGCCGACCAUCUCCUGAAGGAGAACGACCACGCCAGGUUUCUGCAGGCAGCAAAAACCGUAGUAGACAGGGUUUCCAUGGCAACCGCAUCCUCUCAAGUUCUUCUCCCCGAUGUCAAUUUAAAUGAUGCCUUUGAAAACUUUGCCCUGGAUUUUUCCAGAGAGAAGAAGUUGUUGGAAGGGCUGGACUACGUAACCGCUCCAAACCCUCCCACCAUUCGAGAGGAACUCUGCACCGCGUCUCACGACACCAUCACGGUGCACUGGAUGUCCGAUGACGAGUUCAGCGUCGGUUCCUACGAGCUGCAGUACACCAUCUACACUGGGCAAGCCAACUUCAUCAGUCUUUAUAGCUCCAUGGACAGCUGGAUGAUCGUGCCCAACAUCAAGCAGAACCAUUACACUGUGCAUGGGCUUCAGAGUGGAACUCGUUACAUCUUUUUAGUCAAAGCAAUCAACCAGGCUGGGAGCAGACACAGUGAUCCCGCAAGACUCAAGACUAACAGUCAACCAUUCAAACUGGAUCCAAAAUUUGCUCACAAGAAGCUAAAGAUAUCAAACGACGGAAUGCAGAUGGAAAAAGAAGAGAGUUCCCUGAAGAAGAGCCACACGCCUGAGCGCUUCAGUGGGACGGGCUGCUACGGGGCAACGGGGAAUGUCUUCAUUGACAGCGGAUGUCAUUACUGGGAAGUGGCCGUUGGAAAUUCUACUUGGUACGCAGUAGGAAUCGCUUACAAGUCCGCACCAAAGAAUGAAUGGAUUGGGAAGAACACCUCAUCCUGGGUAUUCACCCGAUGUAAUAACAAUUUCCUCGUCAGACACAACAACAAGGAACUUCUACAAGAUGUCCACCCCCAGCUGAAACGGUUGGGUGUCCUUCUAGACUAUGACAAUAACACCUUAUCCUUCUACGAUCCUGCUAACUCCCAGCACCUGCACACCUAUGAAAUCCCAUUCAUACUGCCCGUAUGUCCUACCUUUACCAUAUGGAGCAAGUCUUUAUUGCUCCUCUCAGGGCUCCCCGCUCCGGAUUUCAUGGACACGUUUCUUCCUCAUCAACUACAAGAGUGUAUCUGCAGACCUCAAGAAUCGCCGUACGUAUCUGGGCUCAAAGCGUGCCAGUGAACACUACUGCUGUCUUGUGUUAUAUACUUUUAAUAGGGAAUAG